GAAUGGCUAGCGUUAAAAUAAACAAACGAAACAAAAAGUGACGCAAAUAGUUCUCGCUGUCUUUCUAAAAUCUUUCAAGGAGACUGCUGACCCCUCCCAUCAUUUUCUCCUGAUCCAUUUCUCUCGUCUUUCAAGCGAAUUCCUUGAACUGCUUCUAUGGCUUCUUCAGAUUCUAUAAAGCCAAGAGAUGUUUGCAUUGUGGGUGUUGCUCGUACACCUAUGGGAGGAUUUCUUGGUUCUCUUUCUUCUUUCUCCGCUACAAAGCUUGGUUCCAUUGCUAUUCAAUGUGCUCUUCAAAGGGCAAACAUUGAUCCAUCGCUUGUGCAAGAAGUGUUCUUUGGCAAUGUUCUUAGUGCUAAUUUAGGACAAGCUCCUGCUAGACAAGCUGCUUUAGGUGCUGGUAUUCCUAAUUCAGUCAUUUGCACUACUAUCAAUAAAGUUUGUGCUUCUGGGAUGAAAGCAACUAUGCUUGCAGCACAGACAAUACAAUUGGGUAUCAAUGAUGUUGUUGUGGCUGGUGGGAUGGAAAGCAUGUCUAAUGCUCCUAAGUAUCUAGCAGAUGCAAGAAAAGGGUCUCGAUUAGGACAUGAUACUAUUGUUGAUGGCAUGAUGAAAGAUGGGCUGUGGGAUAUUUAUAAUGACUUUGGAAUGGGAGUUUGUGCAGAAAUAUGUGCAGAUCAGCAUAGUAUAACAAGGGAUGAUCAGGAUUCUUAUGCUAUUCAAAGUUUUGAGCGUGGGAUUGCUGCGCAAAAUAGUGGUCACUUAUCCUGGGAAGUAGUUCCGGUUGAAGUUUCUGGGGGAAGAGGGAAGCCGUUCACCAUUGUUGACAAAGAUGAUGGAUUGGGAAAGUUUGAUGCUGCAAAACUUAGGAAGCUUAGACCGAGUUUCAAGGAGAAUGGUGGCUCUGUUACUGCUGGCAAUGCUUCUAGCAUAAGUGAUGGUGCUGCUGCACUAGUGCUAAUGAGUGGGGAGAAGGCAUUAAAGCUCGGGUUGCAAGUAAUUGCGAAGAUAAGAGGAUAUGCUGAUGCUGCUCAGGCCCCUGAGUUAUUUACAACUGCACCAGCCCUUGCAAUACCAAAAGCUAUUUCAAACGCUGGUUUGGAGGCUUCUCAGAUUGAUUUCUAUGAAAUAAAUGAAGCCUUUUCUGUUGUGGCUCUUGCCAAUCAAAAAUUGCUUGGUCUUAAUCCUCAAAAAGUUAAUGCUCAUGGUGGAGCUGUAUCUUUGGGACAUCCACUAGGAUGCAGUGGGGCUCGUAUCUUGGUCACGCUGCUAGGGGUACUAAAACAUAAGAAUGGGAAGUAUGGAGUUGGUGGCAUCUGCAAUGGGGGAGGAGGGGCAUCUGCCCUGGUCCUUGAACUCAUGUAAGCCCUCUACAUUUGGCAAGUUGCAAGGGUUGGACCUUCUUCGCUAUGACAUAGUUUUGUUCAUCUCACAUCAUCAUACUGUUGUGCAAUUCAGAACUUUUUUUUCCAAUGUAACUUCACUUGAAUAAUGAAAGGUGUAUCAAAAUCUUACAAAGAGAAAUAAAUGAGUUCGUUUAUCUUAA